AUGUUGACUGACAAUUCACCCAAGGUAGAGGGUGUGAUAGCCACAUAUGGUGUUAGCAUUGGUUUCUUCACGCAAAACUUCUGGACAUUGAUCAUGACGCUUAGGGUGCCUUACAUGAUUAACCCUGAUGAAGGUAACCUCCGGGGCAAGACAGGCUUCAUCUUUGGUGCAUUCUCAAUCAUUGCCUGUAUUUGGACUUACUUCUGCUUGCCAGAGACCAAAGGCAGGGCCUUUGAGCAGCUGGAUCAUAUGUUUGAGCAGAAGAUCUCGGCACGCAAACUUACCGAGUAUGACCAAAGACCAUAUGAAGGAUGA